AGCGCGGUAAUCGACUGCCCUCCCUGGGCUUCCAUUUUGCUGGGGACGACAGAUGCCGGAAAAGUGGUGAGUUUCUUUAAACAAAGAAAAGCAUGGAAAUGGCAACUGUUCUUUGUAACAGAGCUAGACUGGUGACAUACCUGCCAGGAUUUUAUUCUUUGGUUAGAAGGGUUAUAACUCCCAAGACGUUUUCCACAGCAGGAUCCUCUGGUUCAGAUGAGCCUUCUGUUGCUGCUGCACCUCCUGACAUAUGUCCAAAAACUGUGUGGCCAGAUGAAAUGAUGGGACCUUUUGGCCCUCAGGACCAAAGAUUUCAGCUACCUGGUAAUAUAGGUUUUGACUGUCACCUAAGUGGGACGGCACUUCAGAAGACGAGACAAGUUCAUAAAAAAAUGCCCGAUCUAUUAAUGGAACCCUUGGCAAGUGAAAGGCAUGAAUUUGUGAUGGCCCAGUAUGUCAACGAGUUUCAGGGUAACAAUGCUGUUAAUAAGCAAGACAUUGCUGACGCCAAAAGUUACUUUGAAACUGCCAAAGUAGAAUGUGUGAUACAAGCAUGCCCAGAAUUGUUGCGCAAAGAUUUUGAGUCAAUGUUUCCAGAUGUUGUUUCCAAUAAUAUAACAGUACUAACGGUAACGCAGAAAACUGUAAAUGAUAUGAGUGGGUGGAGUGAAGAGGUAGAAAAUGAGCGAGAAGGCCUCAUUGAAAAUUUUAUCAAUGGUGCUAAGGAAAUUUGCUACGCUUUGUGUUCUGAAGGCUACUGGGCAGACUUUAUUGAUCCGACAUCAGGAUUAGCAUUCUUUGGCCCUUACACAAACAACACUCUUUUUGAAACUGAUGAACGCUAUCACCAGUUAGGAUUUCUUGUGGAAGACCUAGGCUGCUGUAAAGUUAUUCGGCAUAGUCUAUGGGGAACUCACGUUCUAGUUGGAAGCAUAUUUACCAAUGCUACCCCGGACAGCCCUAUCAUGAAGAAACUGCGUGGGAAUUAACAGCACCUUUUCACUUAGAAGUUGGCUAAUAAACAUUGUCAGCGGUAGAUAGAUUAAGUAAUGCUGAUUUAUAGAUAGGAAAAGUUCUAUUUAUUCUAGGUUUUGUAGUAUAUGAUUUAUAUACCAAUGCAACAUUUUAUUUUUGAGAUCAUGUGUGUGCAUGCAUGUGUAUACACAAACACACACACACACAUACAUAUGUCUCUAAAAUCCUGAAUUCAUUCUUGGAAAUGAAAUGAAAUCCCUUUUAUUUUAUUCGAGAGUACAAAUCCUCAACACUCUCACCUUACUUUGGUUACACAUCUUUGGAUAUAAUGUUGAAGAAGGAAAAUGUGGCUACACAAUUAUCUCAGUAAAAGAAAAUAACAAACUCGACUAUCUUAAUUUUUACCAGAAUCAGUAUUAUAUGUUGUUUGAAUAUUACCAAAAUAACUCAACUUGAUUAUUGAGAAAUUGUGAUUUACUUAGAUUCUCUUGCAACUGACGAUAAAACACAAAGCAACACAACACUAUUGGGUGUUAACAUGCAAAGUUGGAGGUGCAGUUCAACCUCUUGAAUCUAGCUUGUCACCUUGUGGUUCACUCCUUCAAUACAAGUAUACCUUGAAUUAUUUUAGCAAAUAAUUAUCAUCUUUUGAGGUGUUACAGGAGCUCACAGACGGCUGUUUUGUGUCUCUUAAGUACAUGGCACAUUGAAAUUACUUGACACAUCAGUUUAUAUUGAAUAUCUCUAGUAGUAGGGUGUCUCAGGUUAACCUUCCUUAGCUGGAUUUGGAUUGUUGUAUCAGUUGAAUGCAACAGCUGUCAAUGAGCUUCUACAAUAAUUCAUGGUUACAUUGAUGAUUUGAGAUUCAGGUCAGUGUGCAACCUGGCUGGAGAGUGAUGUAUAAUCUUUGUAUAUGUGUAAAUGUAUCGUUUGAAUUUUUUUCUCUGUGAUUUUGUUUACAAUAGUUGAAGAUGUUACAUAUGAACAAAUACUUCUAUAGGCCUGUGAUGGCAAACUUAUGGCACGUGCGCCAGAUGUGGCACACAGAGCUCUCUCUGUUGGCAGGCACGCCAUCCCCUACUGCUCUUCUGGUUUUCAGAGCGCUUCUGGUCUUCGUGGGUGCCGGAGUACUGAAAAACAACCUGAAAAUGGCCCAAGAAAUGACCAAAAAAUAGGUGUUCUUUGGGCCAUUUUCGGGCUGUUUUUAGGUCAUUUUAUGCCCGAAAAACAGGCUAUUUUCAGGCCAUUUGGGGGGCCAAAAACGACCUGAAAAAUGGCCAAAAAACAGGCAUGCUCACGCCAGCUAGCUGAUCUUCAGGUUGCCAGCUCUCUGCCAGAUGCAUGCAUGUUCCAGUUUGGGCACUCGGUGCUGAAAAGGUUCAUCACUGCAAUAGGCUAAAGGUUGGUUUAAGGAUGCUGUAAAAUAAGGAAACAGUAAAUGAUCUGAUUGGGCUGUACAUUUUAUAUUGAAAAUGAGGAUUAAAAUAUUUUAAAUGCAUCUACAAACUACGGAAGAACAAGCAACAUGUUACAAAUAGUUUAAAUUAGUUUGGCAUCUUUUAAACCACAUUCGAGGGCAGAUGUGUAUUGUUCCUGAUUGUAGCAUUGUGGGAAGCUGACCUUGGGAGCAGUGGUACUUGCAAUUCUGCUCAUUUGCCUUCAAGGGUGUAAAGGCUCUGCAGGAAGGAAAGAUCUGGAGUUUUUUCUUCUUUUUCUUUUAUAUUUAUGUGGAUAAGAUAGACAAGAAAGGAAAAGAUAUCACACAUCAAAUCAGUUGCUAGAAGAUGAUCAGGAAAAAGCAGAACUUUGCCAAAAUCAAAUUUUUGAAGCUACUUGUUUCUUGAGAUAGACUUUUAUUUAUUUUUAUUUUAUUUUAGAACUAUUGGCAGGCUGCUAUUGAGACAGCUUCAUGAACUGUAAAUUUAGGUAUAAUUUGAAAUCUAUAUGUGCACCUAUUUUUAUACUGAAUAAAUGUUGGAACAAAAAACAUGUAAAUAUUCAUUAGUCCUGACAUAAUUUCUAAGUUGUAUAUUGGAACUAAUUUAAGAAAUAAAGUGGGAAUUCAAUAUUG